CUCAUUUACAAAAAUGAAACUUUUGCUAAUCACUGUCUUUGUUGCUCUCUUAACUACACAAAUUUUGGCUGGUCCAUUAGCUUCUUCUCUUCUAAACUAUUUGGAAGAAAGAGACGAAAAAUAUCAAUUAUUGGAAACCCUUUUACAAAGAGACAACAAUGAAAAUUUUGGUUAUGAUGGAUAUUUAAAGCAAAUUAAGAGAGGACUCGUUGCAAAAUACAAGAGGAAAUGUGGGGCUUGCAAAAAUGAAAAUACUGGCAUUGAAUGCACAAGAAUUCAAGCAUAUUGUAAAAGUAAAUUUAAGAUUGAAUUUUAAAAAACAAGCAAAAAGUUUUUUCUUUGUGUUAUUCCUUUAUUUUUCUUUUACGUGACGAAAUAAAGUUUUAAGUCGAGAAA